ACUUUGCGCGCAAUAGAUGGUGUGAACCGAGUCUUCAGCGAUAGAGUUAUCGUAGUAUUUUAAAUCAAGGCUUUAUUUUUUAGGCAAAAAUGCUUUCGGCAGCCCAGUUACUCGAUGAAUUAAUGGGCCGAGAUAGAAACUUGGCCCCUGACGAGAAGCGAUGCAACGUGCGGUGGGACGACGAGAGCGUCUGUCGAUACUAUCUGUGUGGCUUCUGCCCAGCUGAGCUAUUCACAAACACCCGCUCUGACUUGGGCCCCUGUGAGAAAAUCCAUGAUGAAAAUCUUAGGAUAACGUAUGAGAAAAGCUCCCGGUUCAUGAAGGAGGGCUAUGAACGAGACUUCCUGCGCUACCUACAGUCACUCCUGGCAGAGGUGGAACGGCGGAUUCGUAGAGGGCACGCCCGGCUUGCACUUUCCCAGGCUCAGCAGAAUGCAGGGCAGGGUCCUGGUCCAUCAGGAAAGAAUGAGGAGAAGUCUCAGGUUCUCACGGAGAAGAUUGAAGACCUAGUUGUACAGAUCGAAGAGCUGGGGUCAGAGGGCAGAGUGGAGGAGGCCCAGGGAAUGAUGAAGCUGGUGGAGCAGCUGAAGGAGGAGAGGGAGCUGCUCAGCUCCACCCCCUCGACCAUUGAGAGCUUUGCGGCCCAGGAGAAACAGAUGGAGGUUUGUGAAGUGUGUGGGGCCUUCCUCAUUGUGGGGGAUGCACAGUCUCGAGUGGACGACCACUUGAUGGGCAAGCAACACAUGGGCUAUGCCAAGAUCAAAUCCACUGUAGAGGAGCUCAAGGAGAAACUACGUCGGCGCUCAGAAGACCCCCCAGGUGAAAACCCAGCGCUCAAGAGGGACAGAGAAGACCGUGAGCGCGAGAGGGAGGAAAGGGAGAAAAAGCGCAAGGAGGAGGAGGAGAAGGAGAAGGAGCGGGAGAAGGAGAAGGAGAAGGAACGGGAACGAGAGAGAGAGAAGGAGCGGGAGAGGGAGAGAGACAGAGAACGGGACAGAGAUAGAGACCGGGAGAGGGACAGGAGGGUGCGCCGAAGCCACUCCAACAGUCGCCACUCCAGUCGAGCGUCAGACAGGAAACGGAGCAGAUCCCGCGAUCGCCGGAGGUCCAGGAGCAGAGACAAGGAGAGGGAGAGGGAACGCAAACGCAGCAGGAGCCGGGACAGGGACAGGGAGAGGAGACGCAGCCGUGAGCGCUCUGACCGAAAGCGUCGCUCCCGCAGCCGUGACAGGAGGAGAUCCCGCAGCUCCGAGCGCAAAUCUCACCGCCACCGCAGCCGCAGCAAGGACAGAGAGAGAGACAGGGACAGAGAGCGGUCAUCAAAAGACAAAGACCGUAAGGCAACAGAGGAGAGGAGCAGCUCUAAGAAAGCCAAGCACUCUGACGGCGAUGCAGCUGCCAUCAAGGCUUCGUCAGAAGCGGAACCGAUGGAGACGGAGGCGGCUGCCUCUGCCCCCUCCCCUCUGCUUAACGGCCAGCAAGAGCUCCUCCAUUCUGAAGGUGACACUCAGUCCAAUUAAAACUGAUCUGAUAGGACCUCAGAUCAGGCUCAGGGGACACUGGGAUAUCUGGUGGAGGAAGAAGCAGAAGAGCGCACCCAUCCUUACCCUGAACCCGACACUUCGCUGCUUAAAAACAAGGUGAACCACAAAUGGUGUAGUGGCUUAUUUAAAACAUGAACAUACAUGUGUCAAUAAGGAGAAAGGAAGAAAAAAUAAUACAUUGAUUUUCAUGUUCCAUUAUACCUGUCUUAUCUUUUUUUUGCUGGACGAGGGUAGUUGUGGUUCAUCUGAUGUAUUUCUUGGUCUAGAUGUCAGCCAGUCAUCACUUUAAAUACCAAACUUAGAGGAAAAGUUCAUUAUGGGUUUUUGUGUUCUUAUUUUGAAAAUCUUCCCACAUCCUCAUUGUUUCUUGGCAUUUAGUGAAAAUUAAAUAAAAUCAGUGCUUGUGGUUUGUUUUGGUUUGUCAGGUUCCCCUUCACGUCCUGACCUUCUUUAUUUUAAAGUCAGUUGAAAGCAUGUGUACAAUGUUAGUCCUAUGACAGGGCGUGUCUUUUCUCCUCCACACAGGGAGCUCACAUUGAUUGCUCUUGUCCCCUUACUGUAAAAUAUACUGAUUUAAUCAAAAGAUUUUGAAGACUGAAGAUUUGUUUAAUUUUGUUCUGCUUUUAAUGUCCAUGUUGUCGCGAUGAAUAAAAAGUAAAAACGU